AGCUCUUAGAUUAAUUUUGGGUUUUUUUUUUGUUCUUUCAUUCCAUCUUUCUUCGUUCUUUCAUUCCUUUCUUUUCUUGGAUUACCCUUUCUUUUUCAUGUCUCUCUCAGCAGACAGGGCCAUGUUUCCACAUAGGGUUUCUAAAACCGUGGACUGUCUUGGUGUUGCUUGUUGGGUGAAUCGCUUAAAACCUUUUCUAGUUAAGCUUUAGAGGAGAACAAAUAAACUGAUAAGGUAACCAAAUAUUGGAAAGCAUCGACUAUGGAGCAAGAAGCGGAACUUCCUUUCAACCAUAUUAUCAAAGAGAGAAAAGCCUCACUGUGGAAGAAAAAAAAAAAACAGGGCACGUUAAUUUGACUACGCAGUAUCGUGGUCAAUCUGCAUUAGGUGAUGCAAGAUCAAAGACCGUUUAUGAAUUUCAACAUAUAACUCUAUAUGGCCAAGACAAGAUGGGAAUAUAGAACAAGUAGAUAAGAUGGCAACAGUUAGUCACUUUUAAAUUUAGCUUUUUGCUUUUGAUAUAGGUGAACUAAGAUUAGAUGCUGAACUUGGCAAAAAAUAUUGUGAGUUGGUGAGAAGUAUGAUUGAAGGACGUGUUUAUAUUAAGUUGAAAAAUAAACCUUUACCACCUUUCCAGCUAGCUUUCAUUUUUAGUUGGCUUUUCAAUUCGCAUUUUUUGUUAGUUUAAUUGUUAGAGAGAGGGAGAGAGAGAACUACUGUAACGGUAUCUUGUGAAGGGAUAUUAAAGGUAUUUUUGACAAUUGAGUUAAAUCACCUUUUUUGCAUUUCCUUUGUACAACUAAACAAACAAAACAUGAUUUAUUAUAUUUUCUUUCAUUUCCUUUUUUUUUUCCUCCCCAACAAUUUUUCAUCCUUUUUUUUCUUUGAUUUCCUUUUUUUUUUCCAUUCCCCUUUUUUUUUCUCUUUUACUUCCCCUUCCGUCCCCUCUAUUAAAAUCAAAAUCCAUCCGUCCAAAAGCUCUUGCUAUGCCACAAGUGAGGCAUACAAGUGAGGACCGGAUAGCCCGCUGGUCUUGAGAACCUUCUAUUUAGGUUGUCCGUUUACUAGGGAAGGAAACAGGCGCUCAUCUGCCGACCUGAUUUCAAUUGGUAAGCCAGAAGUAAGAGGGUGAAAGGAAGGCGUCCCCAUUACAGUUUCGAUCGCCAGAUUUUGAAAGAUUUAGCACCAGGGGGUGAUGAAAGUCACAGUAAAAGUUUUGUCGGAAACAGUUUUGGCUUCUCUCACCUACUUCACUGCGCAUAUACACCGGACAGUUUUGUCCAGAUUGCUCCGAAGGCAAAAAUGAAAAAAGCACCGACUUCUUCUGCCUACCAAGUUAGAGUUACAUUAAUCCCAUUAGCAAAGUUGUGUUAUCAAUUGCCAUCGCACUGCUCCAUAGAUUUCCUGUGGCAAUAGAGCAACUGGUGUGAUGCAUGAGAGAUGGCUCUGAAAGCGCCUAACAUGCUUGGGUUUCAGCAUUGUGGUCUCUUUGGUAGAGGGGAUUUGGGGCCUAAACAUUGUUGGUAUAGCCUGAAACCCAGUAACAAGAAGUGGGGAGGCUUCGCUUGUCCGUAUAAUGGUUGGUGCAUCUAUGCUGGCCGUGGGUCGCUGGUGAGCGAUGAUGAGGCAUCCUCCUCGGCGGAGCUGCGAUCGGCAGAUGGGAGAUUGGAUGGAAAAUCGAGGAAGGAGUUGGCCCCUUUGCCGAAACCAUUAUCUGUUACGGAUCUCAUUGCCUCUCCUAAUCACGGUGUUCAAGUUCGUGUGGCGUAUCAGGGUGUACCUGGUGCAUACAGUGAGGCAGCUGCCCUUAAAGCAUAUCCUCAGUGCCAAGCUGUUCCCUGUAAACAAUUUGAAGCAGCAUUUAAGGCUGUUGAACUGUGGCUUGCGGAUAAAGCUGUUCUGCCCAUUGAAAAUUCUUUAGGUGGAAGCAUUCACCGCAAUUAUGACUUGCUGCUCCGCCAUAGGCUGCAUAUUGUUGGUGAGGUGCAAUUGGAUGUGAAUCACUGUCUUUUAGGGCUACCAGGUGUCAGAAAAGAAGAGAUAAAGCGCAUUCUCAGUCACCCCCAGGCUCUUGAUCAAUGUGAAUUCACACUAAGCAAGUUGGGGGUCAUUCGUGAGAGUACAGACGAUACUGCUGUGGCCGCCCAGAUAAUAGCUGCUAAAGGACUUAGAGACACAGGAGCAGUUGCUAGUGCUCGAGCUGGAGAAAUAUAUGGACUUGAUAUUCUUGCUGAAAAGAUACAGGAUGAUUUGGAUAACGUUACUCGCUUUCUGGUACUUGCUCGGGAACCUAUAAUUCCUGGAACAGAUAAACCAUUUAAGACAAGUAUUGUCUUUACUUUGGAGGAAGGCCCUGGAAUGCUUUUUAAAGCCUUAGCUGUAUUUGCCUUACGGGGAAUUAAUUUGGCUAAGAUAGAGAGCAGGCCUCAAAGAAAACGUCCCUUGAGAGUUGUUGAUGACUGCAAUAAUGGAUGUGCCAAGUAUUUUGACUAUCUUUUCUACAUUGAUUUUGAAGCAUCUAUGGCAGAACCACGUGCACAAAAUGCCUUAGGGCAUCUGCAGGAAUUUGCCACAUUUCUUAAAGUUCUUGGAUCAUAUCCCAUGGAUAUGCAUGUGUAGAUUCUACUUCUGGGACACAAAUUUAUCAUUUCGAUGUUUCAUCAAGUUCUCAGGGCGCAAGUUUCCUUGUAUGUUGGUUCUUGGUGCUCAGAGCGGCUGGAUGUGCCUGUUCUCUUCAGAAGCACGUUGAAGUUAUAAUGCUAUGCCAUUGAUGUAUUUGUCUGUUCCCGUUACAGAAGCCAACACCAUUCUCACGUUUAACUGGUUAGUUGUAAUGGCUUGUCUGCUACUGAUCUGUUGAGGCAAACGGUGUUGAUGUUCCUUACAGACUGCAAGUUAUUUCUAGCUUGUGGAAAGCUGCAAUUACAAGUAUUCAUCCUUGUCCUA